AUGGUUACCCCAAAGUUGCGCGCACUGACCGAAGAUUCUCCUAAAAACACCAGAGCAGUGGUUCUUUCCUCUGGAGACACAGUGGAGGGGGGUUCAGUGACUCUGAGCUGUAGCAGUGAUGCAAACCCUCCUGUUCUCACCUACUCCUGGUUUAAGCAGAGAGCAGAUGCAGACACACUGCUGACAACAGGCCAGAAUUACAGCAUCAGCAACAUCAGCUCCCAGCACAGCGGACUGUACUACUGCUCUGCUCACAACCAGCUGGGACAUCACAACUCUACACCAACACACCUGGAUGUGUUACACCCUCCACGAAUCCCAUCUGUGACUGUCGUUCCAACCGUGUCUGGUGAUCUGGUCACACUGUUGUGCACAAGUGACUCCAACCCCAUCAGCUCUUACACCUGGUACAGGAAAACAGAAGGAGAUGUGAUAUUGGUUGGAAAUGGUGCCAAUUUAACUUUAUCCACAACAGCAGAUGGAUUUUACUACUGUAUAGCAAUGAAUAGAUUUGGAUCAUCCAAUUCAUCAGAAUGGGCAUAUACAUCAGGUGCCAGAUAUGUAAAAUAUGCAGGUUCUGGAGUCUCUGUUGUUUUGGCUCUGUCAUUCAUUGCUAUCAUUCUGUGGAUGAGGAGACGAGCAUCAGCGUUGAGUAACAGGAGUGAGGAGUACCGCAGGAACGACUCUGCUCCUGUGUAUGGUAACGUCUCAGCCACGACCUCUGACCCCACACAAACAGCCUCCUCAGAAGAUCAGGACAAUGUUCAGUACUCCAGUGUUUAUUUCAGACACUCCCACGUACAGGAAGUGCCUCUCUACUCAACUGUUCAACUGCCAAAGGCUCAGGAAGAGGAAGUAGAAUAUGCCACAGUGAGCCUCGUCAAAUCAAGAGCUGUUCGGCAGGACAAAAUCUACAACAAUCUGAAGUCCAAAGAAUAAGAAGAAUCUAAACUGACCAUAAAAUUCAACGUCUCCAACAAAUUUCCUGUGUUUUUUAAAAAAAAAAAAAAAAAAAAAAGCCCAAAUACUUUUUUCCUCUAAGAUUUAUAUAAGUGAAUUAUGAAGUGAUACUUUAGUCAUACAAUUAAAAACAUUCCUCAAUCUCAUUUUGAACUGAUAUUUGGCAAAUUAGUUUCUAUGAAAAUCUGUGACCACAAUCAAAAUAUCUAAAUAGUAAAUACCUAAUAAGUAUGAGGUAUUAUUGGGUUAGAUGUUUUCAUAGCAACUUCAUGUCUUUUCCUUCAUUGUUCUUUUUUUUUAUUUGAUGCUUUGCGAGGCUUUUUGUGUGCUUGCAUGUUUAUCGUUUGCUGUGUGUAUGAUUAUGGUAUUAUUCCUUUUCAUAGCUGAAUUUUCAAGGUGUAUUGUAUACACAGACACUCAUUUUAAUAAUAAAAAAAAAUUAUGUAAUCAUGUUAUCAUGACAAAGUUGCAGUAGUUGCAGCAGCAUAUACAAGAAAAACA